CACUAUAUCAGCAAGUGCAGUCAGAGCGCAGAGGGACAAUCACGCCAUCCUCUCGUACGGAUAACCACAAGACUUUAACAUUUUCUCCAGGCAUCGGAAUCUCGAUACCAAAGGCUACGUUUAAAAGUCUAGGAGCACCAAAACAGACCACAAGGAUUGUCACAGCCGUUGUGUCCCAAUAGCGGCAAUAACAAAGACGUGGCAAUAUGAGUGUGAACGUGAAUGACUUCAAUGACAUUUUGGAUGCACUGGGCGACCUAAACUUCUCAACUCUUGACGAUAAUGUCUCCCACGUGGAAGUGUGUCACAGCACCUUCAGCCAGAAGGCAUUGCUCUACGCCCUCUCUGUGCUCUACAUCUUCCUCUUCAUCAUCGGCCUCGCCGCCAAUGCUCUGGUGGUGUGGGUGAACGUGCGAUCUGAGCGGAAACGUUACGAGACUCACCUGUAUAUCCUCAACCUAGCCAUCGCUGACCUCUGCGUAGUGGCCACUCUUCCGGUCUCCAUUAGUUCUCUGCUUCAACUCGGCCACUGGCCUUUUGGUGAUGCCAUGUGUAAAAUUACACACCUGAUCUUCAGUGUCAACCUUUUUAGCAGUAUCUUUUUCCUUACAUGCAUGAGUGUGGACCGCUACCUGUCCGUGAAACUUUUUGGAGACGGUCCCAGUCAGAAGAAGAGAAGGACCAGACAGCUAAUCUGUGUGGGCGUUUGGCUGCUGGCACUCUUUGCCGCCCUCCCUGAAACAUACUUCCUUCAGGCUGAGAAAUCCAGGUAUUCAGACAGCAUAGUAUGUAAGUCUGUUUUCCCAGCAGACACCACUAAGGAGUGGACAGUUGGCAUCCAAAUGAGUUUCUUCAUGCUCGGCUUUGCCAUUCCCUUCCCUAUAAUUGCUGUGUUCUACGUCCUCUUGGCCGGUACCAUCCAACCCUCAGCUGACCAGGAACGUCGCAUCAGCCGUCGCCUCGUCUUCACCUACAUUGUGGUCUUUCUAGUGUGUUGGGUGCCCUACCAUGGAGCUCUACUGCUUGACACAUUAGCCUUUCUCAACGUGCUGCCCUUCAACUGCACUCUGGAGAAUGCUCUCUAUGCAGCACUGCAUCUCACUCAGUGGUUCUCCCUCCUUCACUGCUGCUUGAACCCCAUCAUCUACAACUUCAUCAACAAGAACUACCGCUACGACCUCAUGAAAGCCUUCAUCUUCAAGUACUCUACCAAAACUGGCCUCGCUAGGCUCAUCGAUGCCUCGCACGUGUCUGAGACUGAAUACUCCGCUGUGGAGAACCAGGGACCAUUAUGAACGUUCUAUGAUGGUGUUGAUCAACACCAGCUCUGCAAAGCUCAGAGAUAAACAGGGAACAGUCAUGUAAAUCUCUCUGUACUUUGAGUUCUUGAGGCAUAGCACAAUUUGAGGUUUUGUAAAAUAGUGGAACAACU